AUGACACAGAGUUCUCCAAAAGGUCUUCAGCCCCCUACAGUCUGCACCACGGAAAGAAAGAUUAAAGGCAUUUCUGAGUUCUUCUCAGAGAGGCGCACUCUAGCAUUUGAAGAACUGGAACUUUCCUUUCUGCGGCACAAACUGGAAGCCCUGGCAGCUUUGUAUGAAUUACAGCGAAUUAUUCUGGAAUAUGUACAAGGUGGUGAGCUGAAGACCAGAUCUAUAGAUCUACUUGAUCUUAGACCUGACACAGAUGCCAUAGCCUUAGUAGAAGAAAUGCGAAAAGGAGAACCUCUCAUCACAGCUUCAUGCAAGGAACACGUCAUACAUUUAGUACGAAGAUUGCAAGAGAAGCUAGGGGAAAAAGAGGAUCACAAGUUCUGUCUUUUUAAGGUACUUAGAGCACAUAUAUUGCCACUGACUAACGUAGCAUUUAACAAAGCGGGUUCCCGCUUUAUCACUGGAAGCUAUGACAGAACCUGCAAAGUAUGGGAUACUGCAUCAGGAAAAGAGCUACAUACGCUGGAGGGACACGGAAAUGUUGUCUAUGCAAUAGCUUUCAAUAAUCCCUAUGGUGACAAGAUUGCCACUGGAUCUUUUGAUAAAACCUGCAAACUGUGGAGUAUGGAAACAGGAAAAUGUUUUCAUACUUUCAGAGGACACAGUGCAGAAAUAGUAUGUUUAUCAUUUAAUCUUCAGAGCACAUUGGUGGCAACUGGAAGCAUGGAUACCACUGCCAAACUAUGGGAUAUAGAGAAAGGAGAAGAAAUAGUCACUUUAUGUGGGCACUCAGCAGAAAUUAUUGCAUUGUCUUUCAACACCACUGGAGAUAGGAUUAUCACUGGCUCCUUUGACCAUACAGUAGCAGUGUGGGAUGUUGGCACUGGCAGGAUGUUACAUGCUUUAAUAGGUCACCGAGGAGAGAUUAGCAGUGCACAGUUCAACUGGGACUGUUCUCUCAUUGUCACUGGAUCGAUGGACAAAACAUGCAAGCUGUGGAAUGCUAUGACUGGGACACAUAUAACAACUUUAACAGGUCACAGUGAUGAAAUAUUGGAUGUCUGCUUUGAUUAUGCUGGCCAGCGUAUUGCAACUGCCUCUGCUGAUGGAUCAGCAAGAGUCUAUCAUGCGGAAACAAAAAAGUGCAUUGCAAAGCUAGAAGGGCAUGGAGGUGAAAUUUCAAAGAUAUGUUUCAGCCCUAAAGGCAAUCAUAUACUAACAGCCAGCUCUGAUAAAACAGCUCGACUCUGGGAUGCUGCUACUGGACACUGCCUUCAGAUAUUAGAGGGUCACACUGAUGAGAUAUUCUCCUGCGCUUUCAAUUACAAAGGCGAUAUAAUCAUUACAGGGAGCAAGGACAACACCUGUAGAAUAUGGCACUGA